AUGGAUUCAGUUGAGGCAGUCAAUAAAAAGUAAGUAAACUUGAUUAUUUUACAAGUUUAAUAAUUAAAUAAUUAAACUUAAAAGGAAUUUCUUACAUAACAUAGAAAACUCUCGAUGAAAUGGACCAAGGAACACGACAAGGAGUUGCUAAAAGAAAUGCUCAUGGAGCAGGCCUGGCCGUAAGUAUUUGGGCAGGCGCGCGCGCAUAUCGCGCGCCAUAUUAACGUCAGGCGCGCGAUUAAAAACCCGGUAAAAAUUACGCUUAUUGGCUAUACAGACUAGAAUAACAUUCACAAAACUGAGUAAAAAUUUAUGUAGAACAAAACAAUUUUAAAAUCGGAGUUUAGACGAAAUUAGUAUAGGUACUAUAUAAAAUGUUUGUAGUACUGUACAUGUAUUUACGAUGUUUUCAAAGUCAUCGUACUUUAAACAUCAAUGAAAAUGUCAACAUCGCUGUCCUAUGACUCGAGUUUCUUCAUCCACAGUGUUGCUGUCGAGUUUGACUUUGCGUCUUUUCUCCAUGUAAAAUUCUAAUGCACGUUGAAGAAUCUCCAUACACUCCUUCGCCGACCAGCAGUUAUCAAUUCCUUUGAUCAGCAUUAAAUCUGUCAUUCUUUUAUAACUAGUCUAAAUGGCGAGGAUUUGUUCCCGCAAAAAUUCAUUUUGAAUAAAAAACCAGACGCGCAAUUUCAUACUCUUAAAACAAAUGAGGCGCGCGUUAAAAGGCGCGUCUCAAUGAGUCAAGGCGCGAGCGGAGGCGCACGGCUCAAACGGCCAGGCCUGAUGGAGAGGCCCUUCGAACAGCCAAAGGGAUCUCGAAUGAUUGGUUUAAUAUGGCAAAAGAUUAUGGAUAAUCUGAAUACUAAAGCGUACCCAAAGUUCUGUUUGAAAGGGAUACGAUCAGUGAGGUAGCGUUACAGAAUACUAGAGGAAAAGUACAGACGAAAAAUGCGCGAGGAGAUAAAUGCAAGUGGCAUAAGUCCAGAAGCCGACGAGAUUGACCAACUACUGGAAGAAAUAAUUGCUUUAUUUGACAGCAACGAAGAGGUACGAGAAAAGGAAAAAGGUAUAGCCGAAGAUAUUAGGCUUAAAGCUUUAGAAACAGUUGGUGAAACUAAAAGGAGAAAGAGCGAGACAACUUCAGAUAGCGAAUCUGAACAAAGUGAGAACUGUCAGACUGGAAAACGUGGCAAAUGA